ACCAGAUUGUAAGUCAAGAAUUAUAUGGUAUUAUAAGAACUAGUUAGAACGAGACAGCAUCCAGCGAGUCGUUGUUUUACUUUCUAGGGAAUUAACUAAAAAAAUCUUAGCCAAGUGAAACUAGAUGGCCAUUUUCCGCUAACCUAUAUAAUAAACGAGCAUUGCAAGGGCUCAGAUGUGCAUGUGCGCGUUUUUGUUUUAUAUUAAAGUAAUUGCUUAAUAAAACAACAGGGAAUCUCAUUACUACGCGAAAAAAAACAACAUAAUAAUCAUUUAACAUAUAAAACAAAACACUACCGAUACAGCGAAGUAAAAAAUCAAUAAUUAGAGCUCGUUCAAAAGCCAGAAAGUUUAUUAAAUAUUGAUUUGAUGUUUCUACAUUAUUGUGUUAAUGACCUGACCUGACCUGACCUGACUAUUGGUGCAUACAUCGUCAUAUUUUUAAAUUAAAAUAUACUACCCCGCGUACUCUCCUAUUCGAGUAUCGGGGUAUAUAAUCACAAUAAAAAAAUACAAGAGCACAACAACAACAACUUACACCAAAGAUACUUACAUUUCAAGUACCGUGAAAUUCGAAUACCCAAAAGUCAUGUUAAAGAGCGCAAAUAACAAUUCUCUCCAGCAUCCGGUGGCUAACUCUUCCGAAAACACGAUGAACGGCUAUAACCGAAAGGUGCCGCCAAAACGGCGCUAUGAAAUGCCAAAAUAUGCUGCACCGCCAAAAAAGAAAACAUGCAAGGAGCGGAUACCACAGCCGAAGAAUACGGUGGCAAUGCUAAAUGAGUUAAGAAAUGGACUGAUUUAUAAAUUGGAGUCACAGACUGGUCCGGUGCACGCACCUUUAUUUACGAUAUCCGUCGAGGUCGAUGGUCAGAAAUACAUGGGCCAGGGACGCAGUAAAAAAGUAGCGCGUAUCGAAGCAGCAGCCACAGCACUACGAAGCUUUAUACAGUUUAAGGACGGUGCCGUCUUAUCGCCAUUAAAGCCAUCCGGCAACUUGGACUUUACCAGCGAUGAACAUCUUGAAAAUGGUAUUGAAAAUGUUGACAAUGGUAAAUUGGUCGAUUACAUACAGAAGACAUUGAUGUUGACCGAAAAGAAACCCAACCUUACCUCGCUUGAACAAUCCACGUUGCCUCUUCAAAUGUUUUGCAUGAGUCAGAAUCGAGAAAAAUUCAAACAUGUCAGUAAGAGCGCCAUAACCGUUGAUGGACAAAAGAAGGUGCCGGAUAAAGGUCCCGUCAUGCUUCUCUAUGAGCUCUAUAAUGACGUUAAUUUUGAGUGCAUUAAUAUUGACAGUGCACAGAACAACUGUCGCUUUAAAAUGACCGUAACAAUUAACGAAAAGAAAUUCGAUGGAACGGGUCCGUCGAAAAAGUUGGCAAAGAAUGCCGCCGCUAAGGCAGCGCUCGCCUCGUUGUGUAACAUCUCGUACAGUCCGAUGGUGGUGCCGCAAAAGAACGUGCCGCUACCAAUUGAUGAUAAGUCUUCGUCCAUGGAGCUGCCGCAGAUACAUGCAGAUGCGAUUGGAAGACUGGUUUUGGAAAAGUUCAUGGAGGUUAUCAAGGGCCAGGAGGCGUACUCUCGUCGAAAGGUAUUGGCGGGGAUUGUAAUGACUGAGAACAUGAAUUUCUUUGAAGCAAAAGUAAUAUCCGUUUCAACGGGCACAAAAUGUGUCAGCGGCGAGCAUAUGAGCGUUAAUGGUGCCGUUCUAAACGAUUCUCAUGCUGAAAUAGUAUCUAGGCGUUGUCUGCUAAAGUUCUUGUACGCACAGCUGGAUCUUCAGUGCAAUCAGGCCACAGCAUAUCAGUCGAUUUUCGUGAGGAAUACUGAUGGGCAAUACCCUUAUAAACUAAAAUCCGGGGUACAUUUCCAUUUGUAUAUAAAUACAGCACCUUGUGGGGAUGCACGGAUAUUUAGUCCUCACGAAAACGACACAGGUGUUGAUAAACAUCCAAAUAGAAAAGCUCGUGGGCAAUUGCGUACGAAAAUCGAGUCUGGCGAAGGUACAAUACCCGUUAAAAGUAGCGAUGGCAUACAAACCUGGGAUGGUGUACUACAGGGUCAACGAUUGCUUACAAUGUCAUGCUCGGAUAAAAUUGCACGUUGGAACAUUGUGGGUAUACAGGGUUCCUUAUUGUCUUCCAUAAUUGAACCAGUGUACCUGCAUUCCAUUGUAUUGGGGAGUCUGCUGCACCCAGAGCAUAUGUAUCGUGCGGUGUGCGGACGAAUAGAAAAGUCUAUCCAAGGCUUGCCACCGCCAUACCAUUUGAAUAAGCCUCGACUGGCAUUGGUCACAUCGGCUGAGCCGCGUAAUCAGGCCAAGGCUCCAAAUUUUGGCAUCAAUUGGACCAUCGGAGAUGUUGAAUUGGAAGUCGUCAACUCACUGACUGGCCGAACAAUUGGCGGUCAAGUAUCGCGCAUCACCAAACAAGCGUUUUUUGAUAAAUAUGGAUUUUUAAUGAAAAACUUACCAGGUAUUUUGAAACGCAGUGUAACCACAGACUACGGCCAAACAAAAGCUAACGUCAAGGACUAUCAGAUUGCUAAAAUAGAAUUGUUUAGCGCCUUCAAGCGGGAGGAUCUUGGAAGCUGGCUAAAGAAGCCGAUAGAACAAGACGAGUUUGUUCUGAAUGAAUGACUGCAUUCAUCGAUGCAUAUGUUAAAAAAAGACAAAAGUAACGGCAAGCAAUUAAUAGAAUUAGAAAAAAUAGCUUUAAAUACAAGCUGUAAUAAGAAUACAAGCUUGGUGAAAAAACAGCGAAACGAAUUUCAUCUUAAUGAAAAUGAAAAUGAGAAUGAGAUUGAGAACCUGACAACAAUGUGUCCCGAAAUAAGAAACGGCAAGCACGAAGAUGCUAAUGCUCGAAAUAUGAUAAUGGAUAACAACGGCUCUAGAAUAUUUAUAGAAUAGAAUGUAGUCUUUAUGCUGGGACUGAGUAAAGGAGUAUUAUGGCGUUUUUUUUAAAUCAAUUCCUUUUAUAAUCAAUACACACACACACACUUCUUUCUCACCUAUGCAUUCUAUGCAACCCUCACUCACAUAGACCGAAAAAGCGACUCAGCUAAUACACACUGUUGAAAUAUGAAAAUUUGAAAGUAUGAAAACAAACAAAGAAACAACGCGAAAAUAACAAUAAACUAUACAUGGAUCUAGAAAUGAAUCUGUUUAUGAUUAAAUAUAAAUGAGUAAUGUAUGUUGUAAAGUAAUGUUACAACGACAUAAACGAAUAAAAUUAAUGAAAUUAAUUACUAAUAAAACCUUCAGUAGCCUUUAGGGAGAAACAGAAGCAUCAUUUCCACGUAUCUUCAGAUCGAUCAUCCACUAACUAAGCUUUCAUAAUUUUGGCAAAUGGAACAGAACUAUAUUUUGGGUUACAAAUAGAAUUUCAACGACAAACAAACAACUUAUCCCAGUUUAUCCAAAGAUUAUGUAGAUUUUUUUAUAGUUACACAAUUAGUUGAAAUACUUAUCUUAUGAAUAUGAAUUAAGAAACUAAUGAAUAGAUUGGUUAACAGUUUUACAAAAUAUAUUAAAAAAGACACGUCUUACUGUGCUAAUGUAUUCUAAGCAUGAAGCUUUUAAUCUCAUUUGUUUCCACCAAAGGGACAUUAUUUACCCAAUGUAAGUAUUGCUAAGAGAAAUGCAAUGCAAAUGCUUACCACAAUUUGUGAUUUUUUUUGAGCCUCACUGCUUCCGAAAAAUCUUCCAUUACAUGUAGACUCACACUCAUGCGUCUCUAGAAAUUCAAUAUUACAAUUUGUAAGCUGUAUAUUUCUACUUCCAAUCUUCCAAUCAGUAGUUGCUGAUGAUAUUUCUCAGAGGGUUUCGUUUACGGGCCCCGAAAACUACAUAUUACUGAGAUACUUAUUGCUGAACAAAUUCGUAAACACACAGUUUGAAAAUUUGCAGUCUGACGACAUUGCUAUGUGCAUGUGCAUAACCAUACCAUAUAUAGCCACACCGUUUAUACAUAUAGUAUGAGUACAUUGUGAAAAUGUACUUCAGGAAUUUCAAUAGGCGCAAUUGACAUUCAAUAACGUAAUUUACACGUAUUUUUAAACUACAAAUAGCUUGAAAUAAUCUUAAAUUAAAAGGUAACUGGCCGUGCCCAAGUAGAUAUCCUCCAGUAGGCGUGAACAAAAAAUUAUAACUUAACAAAUACAAAUACCUACACUAUACACAAAAGAGAAGAAUAUCACAUGAUGAUUAGAGCAGGACACAACACUCAAUACAACAGUAACACAGUAAAACACUCUGCUUUCCUCCUCGAUUUUUCAACCACAACCCAAUUUUCAAAGAACUCUCUUGCAUGUGUGAAUAGUAUGAAUUAGUAUGAGUAAUUAAAGAAAAUGUGUAUAUGAAUAUACAAUAUAUUAAUUUUGCGUUUCCUUGACUUGCCUUAUAUUAUGUGAGUAUUUCCAUGUUACCACAGUACAUACAUAUAUACAUUUUUGUUCUUUACGUACCUUUAGAGUGAUUCGAUUCAUGUAUAAUCUGGGAGUAUUUUCCGAUAGGUUUACAUAGUUUGUUUUAUAGCUGUUUGGUAACCACGAUGGCAAAACGCUCCGUUCGAUUUUCUGCAUUACUUGUUUAUAUACACAUAUAUAUAGUAUAUAUAUAUAUAUAUAUAAAUAUAUAUAUAUACCUAUGUGGCGACAUACAUACAUAUAUACUAAAUAAGUAAUAUUUGCAUAAAAUACAGCAUAUAAUGGAUAAACCUUAUAAAACCAAAGUUGAUCUUAUAUAAAAUACUGUGAUACUAAAUUUUACUAGUACUUCCAGCAUAGCUGCAUUUUAUCCAUUCUUAAAUAUUCUAUGUUAUUAAAAAACAGCAACAGCUAAUAUAAUCAGGAAAAUUAUAUAGACGAAAAACAAAAACAUUUUUUUAAAUAAUAUACUAAAUAUAUAAACAAUUUAACAAUGCUUGUCUACAUUAGAUUUUCAAAUAAGAAAUUUUACAAAAUACUUAUUAAUAGUAAAGAUUAAAGAGUAGGUAUAACUCGGGUUUCUAAAAUAUCAUUUCGAAAUUCAUUUGAAAUUGCAAUCCAAGUCCGAAGACAGGUACCACACCACGGAGCUAAACAAUAAAUACCAUAGAUAAAUUUCACUCUUGCUGUAGAUGGAAAUAAGACCAAAACAAAUUCUGUUCAAAACUUGAUUCUUUGACUAGAAUAUAGAUGUAUUCGAAAAUAAAUACAGAAGCUCAAGUGGUUAUGUUAGCUAAAAGACAGAUCUUUUUAAGAAAAUAAGCUUAUUAUUGUUCAAUAUUUAAUAGAUAUAUAUUUUCUCAUCAACUAAUAGUUGAGCCUUUUCUAUUUGGUUAAAUAUAAUCGUGUAUGAAGUGAAGUGAUUCCCCAAGUGAAACAUUAUAAUUGAAAUUUUUUGUGAUCGCGAAGAGACAUAUUUCCUUCCGACCAUAGUAUUUAAAAUGUUUGCUUGAUUAGAGCAGAGAGCCGACGGAAUAUAUAUACAUAUAAUUUUACUGUUCGUAUGUUCUGAAACAAUUUAAUCAAUAAGCCGGUUUUUUUUUCUUCUAUGAAAUUUGUUCUUAUUUACUGCGCUUGUGCGCUACAAUUAGUCGAAGCAGAUUGAUCGAUAGAUAUAUAGUUCUUAUCAGAAACACCCGUCACUGCUAGAAUACUUACCGUUAAAUUAAACACCCAUAGAUUUUGAAAACUUCUAUUUGAUGAAAUAACAGCACUAUAGCAUAUAUAGUACAUAGCAUCUAAAAAAAGAAAAAACGAAAAGAAAAGUUGCUCAAAAGAAUAUCGAACGCUUUCAGAUCUCAUUACUAUCAUUUACUUUAGACAUUGAGUGAUGCACAGCUGAGAUAUACAUAUAGAUAAAUGCCAAGGGAUACAAAAACGUCACUGCUGUCUCUUCCCGAUUAAAUCAAGUACGAUCGUGAAAAUGUGAAUCUAAAACUGUUUAGUGUUUGAAGAAAACUAAAACCGAUUUGGAAAUUCGUUCUGCGAAUGUAUGAAUAUUUCAAGCGUAUUAUUAUUUUAUUUUAAAAUGCAUCAACUAAACAUGAAAAGUCAAACCAAAACAUAUAUUAUGUAUAUGAUUUUAAAUUAGUAUGUUGAAAGACUAUAAUCAAUAAGAAAUCUAAGACAAACUGCGAAACUUAGUGCCGAUAUGGAAAAGGGAAACCAUGGUAAAAUAUACAUAGAUGAUCAGUAAUAAUUUCUCAUUUUCUCCCCCGAAAACAUGUUAUCUAAAUGCAGUUGUAUUCGUACAUAUAAUACCAACAUAUUAUCAACUUCUUAUUCUGAAAAAAACAAAACAAAAACAAAAAACGAUUUGGUAUAAGCUACAAACAAACACCAAGCUCAUUUCAUACAGGCAUGUAAACAUACAUACAUAAUAUAAACAGAUAUAUCUGCACUUCAAUGUGUCUGUAUACUCGUUCAUACACUCAUACCUGGCUUAAUUGCAAUUUGUAGUUGUUUAAUAUUCUAGUCAUAUCAAAAAAAAACACUUCCUAUAAAACAUGAAAUCUCUUAUUGAAGCUUUAGUUUAGUUUUAUUUACCUUUACUUCGGCUAUUCUAAUGUUUGUAUCGCAUAAACUUGAAAAGUAGAUAAUUUUACUGCGGGCAUUAUAAGUCGGAGCCUCGAAAAUCGGAUAUUGAACAUUGGAUGAACCAGUCAUAGCGACGAUCGAUCUUAAAGGGUAUGAGUCAGCUUCCUUCCUUUUUUUCCUUAUAUUGUAGCGGCUAUAUAUAUGUCAUUUUUUUUCCUAGAUUAAUACCAAUAUAAAUUACUUUUAUUGAUUCAUUUGAAGUCUUCAACUCUAGUUUUUGUUGAACUAAUUGUUCAAGCCUUAAGCGAUGUAUGAGCGUAUAGACAUAUUUGUAUACAUAUACAAUCACUAUUUUUACGUUUAAACAUUAAAAGCUUACAUACCCACAAAUAUACUACAUACCUAAACAUAUAUACAUAUAUCUAUGAAUACAAACAUAUACGUAAAGUUAUGUUGUUUGUCGACAUUAGUCUAUGUACCCGAAAAAACUAUAAGAAACAAACAACUGGAAUAACAGUGAACAAAACAACAAUAUUGUUAAGAAUUGCAAACAACACAAGCAAAACACUUUAAACACCUUAAAAACAUCAAAGAUUAUUGAAACAAAAAAUCACUCUCAAACAAUUAGAAUGAAUUUUAUGAUUGCCUUUGUUCAAUAGAAAGAUUUGUAUUAGGCGAUUCUAUAAUCGACUGUCUGCCAAUAAAAUUAACCAUGAUACAUUAAGCCGAAAUUAAACUUUAUAAGCUUAUGAAUACUUGGAAAACAAAUCGUUCGGUCUCCAACUAUUGUAAAUGACAAUUAAAUAAACUACCAAUAUGAUAUAACAACAAUAA